GCUAUUGGUAAAGGAGCAUGUGCUGAUAAAAUAACCUUACUUUUAGUUUCAAAAAUAUUAUUGUAAAUCUCACAUGCCAGUGUACAUAUAUAAAAAAAGAUGACAGAAACUGAAUGUUCUAUACGUCCUUUAAAUUGCGAAUUGAAUUAUUUAUCAGUACCUGAUGGAUCUACAAUGUUUAUGCAAGGCGAUACAUCAGUGAUUGCUGGCAUUUAUGGCCCCAUCGAAGCUAAAGAGAGAAAGAUAAUCCAUAACAAAGCAACGGUUGAAGCUACCUUUGCUCCGAUUAAGGGUCCUCCAAGUAUAAAUGACAGAUUCAUAGAAUUAUACAUAAAAGAUACAUGUGAAGGAGCAAUCAUUACAUCUUUAUAUCCUGCAUCAACUAUUUCAAUAAAUAUACAAGAACUGCAAGACUGCGGUAGUCUGUUAGCCUGUGUUAUCAAUGCAUCCUGCCUAGCUUUAAUAAAUUCCAGUUUGUCUAUGAAGUUCACAUUUGCUGCAAUAUGCUGUAUGAUUGAUAAGGAGUCAGAUAAAAUUAUCAUAGAUCCAAACACUCUUCAGUUGCAAAAUGCAAAGGCUACGUUUACUUGUACUUUUGAUAGUAUUAACAAAGAACUGGUCUGUUGUCAAACUAGUGGACAAUUUUCAGAAGAACAGUUAUUGGAAUGUGUAGAUAAAUGUAAAGAAGCAAGUCAGUAUAUUUUUGAUUUUUACAGAGAAGCUGUGAAAAAGUAUAUGACAGCAAUCUAAGUUUAUGCAUAAUGUUUAAUCAAGAGCACUUAGUUUUUAAGGUUUUUUAUAGUUAUGAUCCUACUGAAAAAGCUAUAUUAUAUUUAUGCUGCCAUAAUAGGUAGCUUUUAUUCUAAAAAAAUCACAGAUACAUCAGAAUAGUAAAAAGGUUAUGAAUUCAAGACUGCAAAUAUAAAUUUUGUAAAUAUAUAGAUACUUGAACUUUAUAACUGUAAUGCCUAACUUGAUUUACUUUGUUAUUCAAGUAUGGCAAGUUUAUACAACUUGAUACCUUUUGAUACAUAUAUUUUAUACCAAAAAUAUUUUUAAAAGUACAACGCUACAGUAAAUAAAACUAUUUUUAUAAUUUAAAAUAUUAUUAAAUUAAGAAAGAGAACUUAAUUUUGAAAUGAUGUGACAGCAAAAUUUAUUCUUGUUUUCAUAAAUAAUUUUAUUAUCACAUUCAAGAAACUUAAAAUCAUAUAUAAGUUUAUAAUGUUUAUUUUUAAUUCUGUG